UCCCCGUGUCCGGCGGUGUCCCCGUGUCCAGCAGUGUCCCCGUGUCCGGCAGUGUCCCCGUGUCCGGCGGUGUCCCCGUGUCCGGCGGUGUCCCCGCGAUGCCGUUCGGGGCGGUGCUGGCGCAGGUCGGGGGCCUGGGCCGGUUCCAGGUGCUGCAGACGGCGCUGUUGGCGGUGCCCAUCCUGCUCAUGGCCAGUCACAACCUGCUGCAGAACUUCACCGCCGCCGUCCCCCCGCACCGCUGCCGCGUCCCCGCUGUCCCCGGCGCCACCCCUGCUGCCACCGGUGCCACCCCAGCGCCGCACGGAGCCACCCCCGAUGCCACCUCAGCGCAUCCUCGUGACACCUUGAGAGGCUCCAACACGGUCCUCAAGUCUCCUGGUGGCACCUCGGGGUCACCUGGUGCCACCCUGAGGUCCCCCAGUGGCGUCCCCAGCCCCGGUGCCACCCACGUCACACUCGAUGGCACCGCAGGGACCCCUGAUGGCACCCGUGUCCAGCCUGAUGCCACCUGGGGGUCCUCCAAUGGCAGCCUGGGGCCCACUGGUGCCACGCUGGGGUGGUCCAAUGUCACCCUGGGGUCCUGCCGGCGCUACGUGGCCAACGUCACCGGUGGUGCCCAGGCCACCGAGCCGUGCCGUGACGGAUGGGACUACGACCGCAGCAUCUACGUGUCCACCAUCGUCACCGAGUGGGACCUGGUCUGUGCCUACCGGCAGCUGCGGCAGAUGGCCCAGUCCAUCUACAUGGCCGGGGUCCUGGUGGGCGCCCUGGUCCUGGGGGGCCUCUCAGACAGGUUUGGGCGCAAGGCCAUGUUGAUGUGGUCCUACCUGCAGCUGGGGGUGAUGGGGACGUGCACGGCCUUCGCGCCCAACUACGCUUCCUACUGCGUCUUCCGCUUCGCCGGCGGGAUGGCGCUGUCCGGCUUCGGCCUCAGCAUCGCCUGCCUGGUGGUGGAGUGGAUCCCCACGCCCUACCGCGCCAUCACCGUGGCCAUCACCGGCUUCGCCUACACCCUGGGCCAGAUCAUCCUGGCCGGGGUGGCCUACGCCGUCCCCCACUGGCGCUGGCUCCAGCUCUCCGUGUCCCUGCCCUUCUUCGUCUUCCUCCUCUACUCCUGGUGGUUGGCGGAGUCGGCGCGGUGGUUGGUGCUCUCGGGCAAAGCCGACUGGGCGGUGAAGGUCCUGCAGCGCGUGGCCACCUUCAACAACCGGAAGGAGGAGGGGGAGAAGAUCACGGUGGAGAUGUUGAAGUCCAACAUGAAGGAGGAGUUGGCAGCUCUGAAAUCCUCCUACACCGUCUCUGACCUGGUCCGGACCCCCGUGAUCCGCCACAUCUUCUUCUGCCUCUCCAUCGUCUGGUUCUCCAUCAGUUUCUCCUACUACGGCUUGGCCAUGGACCUGCAGAACUUCGGGGUCAGCAUUUACCUCAUCCAGGUGAUUUUCGGCGCCGUUGACUUUCCGGCCAAGGUGGUGGUGACCGUGUCCCUGAGCUAUGUCGGCCGGCGGCUCUCACUCAUGGUGGCCUUGUUCUUUGCGGGGAUGGUCAUCGUGGCCAACAUCUUUGUGCCCACAGAGCUGCAGACGGUGCGCACGGCGCUGGCCGUCAUCGGCAAGGGCUGCCUGUCCGCCUCCUUCAACUGCGUCUUCCUCUACACCACCGAGCUCUACCCCACACCCAUCAGGCAGACGGGGCUGGGCUUCGGCAGCACCAUGGCGCGCGUGGGCGGCAUCGUGGCGCCGCUGGUGAAGAUGAUGGACGAGUACUACCCCUUCCUGCCCCCCGCCGUCUAUGGGGUGGCCCCCGUGGUGGCUGCCGUGGCAGCCGCGUUCCUGCCCGAGACCCUCAACACGCCACUGCCCGACACCAUCGAGGAGGUGGAGAACAGGACCAGGCAGAAGCCAGCAGGUGACCCCAAGGAGAAGAUCGCGCUCCAGCCCCAGGACGGGUCCCCCCUGAAGGAGGCCUGGCACCGUGUGGGCCAGGGAGGCAUUUUUGGGGUGAAACCCCUGAAAUCCGGGGUUCUGCAUGGCUGUGGGGCGUUCCCGGGCCCCGGUGGUGGCAGGAUGGCUUUCGCCAGCCUCCUGGAGCACGUGGGGGGCAUGGGGCGCUUCCAGGUGGUCUCGGUGCUGCUCCUGUCCCUGCCCGUGCUGAUGAUGGCCAGCCACAACCUCCUGCAGAACUUCACCGCCGCCACCAGCGACCACUGGUGCCGCCCGCGCCCAGAGGCCAACGCAACCGGCCUCAACCCCGAGGCCCUGCUGAGGGUCUGGGUGCCCCACGGGGAGCGCUGCCGGCGCUUUGUGAAACCCCAGUGGUGGCUUUUGGAGGCCAACGGUUCGGAGCCCAACAGCUCUUGGCCGGAGACGGAGCCGUGCAGCGAUGGUUGGACCUACAACCGCAGCGUCUUCACCAGCACCAUCGUCACUGAGUGGGACCUGGUGUGCAGCUCCCGAGGGCUCAAGCAGCUGGCGCAGUCGCUCUACAUGGCCGGAGUCCUGGUGGGCGGCGUCUUCGGGGGGCUCUCGGACAGGUUCGGCCGCCGCUCGGUGCUCACCUGGUGCUACCUGCAGAUGGCCGCCAUGGGCACCUGCUCGUCCUUCGCGCCCACCUUCACCGUGUACUGCCUGUUCCGCUUCCUGACGGGCAUGGCCUUCUCGGGUGUUGUCCUCAACAGCGUCUCCCUCUCGCUGGAGUGGAUGCCGACACACAUGCGGGCGCUGGUGGGCACCUUCAUGGGGUACUGCUACACCACCGGGCAGUUCCUGCUGGCCGGCGUCGCCUUCGCCGUCCCCGACUGGCGCCGGCUGCAGCUCGUGGUGUCCCUGCCCUUCUUUGGCUUCUUCCUCUACUCCUGGUGGCUGACAGAGUCAGCACGGUGGCUCGUCAUGGUGGGGAAGUCCCACCAGGCCCUGCGGGAGCUCCAGAAGGUGGCCAGGAUCAACGGGAAGAAGGAAGAAGGCGACAAGCUCGACAUAGAAACCCUGAGGUCCCACAUGGAGAAGGAGAUGACGUUGUCAAAGACCCGCCACACUGCGAUUGACCUGGUCCGGACGCCGGUCCUGCGCCGCAUCUCCUUCUGCCUCUGCUUCGUGUGGUUCUCCACCAGCUUUGCCUACUACGGGUUGGCCAUGGACCUGCAGAACUUUGAGGUCAACAUCUACGUGAUCCAGCUGAUCUUCGGCGCCGUGGACAUCCCGGCCAAGCUGAUGUCCAUCCUCACCAUCACCUACGUGGGGCGCCGCUUCACCCAGGCCAUCGCCCUCAUCCUGGCCGGCUUGGCCAUCCUGGCCAACGUCUUGGUGCCACGAGAGCUCCGGACAGUCCGGACAGCCCUGGCCGUUUUUGGGAAAGGUUGUUUGGCCGCGUCCUUCAACUGCGUCUUCCUCUACACGGGGGAGCUCUACCCCACCGUGAUCCGGCAGACAGGCAUGGGCUUGGCCAACACCAUGUCGCGGCUGGGCAGCAUCAUGGCCCCCCUGGUGAAGAUGGCGGGCGAGCUCUUCCCGGCGCUGCCCUUCGUCAUCUACGGUGCCGCGCCCGUGGUGUCGGGGCUGGUGGCCGCCUUCCUGCCCGAGACGCGGAACAUGGCCCUGCCCGAGACCGUGGAGGAGGUGGAGGGAAGGACACAAUCCCAGAAGGACGAAGCCCAACAUCUCCAGGUCCCUCUCCAGCCCACCCCGUCCAGCAACUCCACAGGACCCCAAUAGUGCCACCCCCCACCAGUGGACCCCCAAAAUCCGCAGCCCUCGAUGCUCCCGCCAGAUGAAUGAGCAGGAUUUGGGGGGUGGAGGGGGUUCAAACCCCCCCCGAAGAGCAAAGGGACAGCGGUGACCACAGAGUGGGGGGGACGCUGGGGCCCCCCCAAAUCUGUGCAUCGAGGGCAGUUCGGCCGCGCUGGAAUAAAAAACAAUAAAAGCAAA